CAUCUGUCACAGGCGGGAUCUCAUCAUGCGUUUUCACAUUGUGCUCUCCUAUUACAGGAACGGGAUGAAGACAGAAGGCAUUUAGGACCCAGGGGGAGAACAGCUGCUGUGUGGAGAAGGCACACACGCAUCCUACCAAAAUUUUCAUAGCCCCGUGGAGCGAGGGCUCACUCAUUCACAGUUCUUUAGAGAGAUCUUAGGCUGAUGCUAACAGAAAGAAACCUUCCUACCCACCCUUUCAGCAGCAAGGACUCCAGGAGAAAACAGAAGUCAAAGAGAGGCUGUACGGCGUUUAAAGUGAAUGAUCAUACAAAUAGCUACUUUGUUGGAUGGGUUCCAUUGAAUAUGGACUAAAUGUGAGACCUUGCGUGGAUGUGGAAAACAACUGCCAGUUGUGCCCUUCUAUAUAAUUCAAGCAGAUGAAUGGGUCAUACUUCUCACAGACUACUAGUUGAAUGGGACCAGCAUAUCUGCUAAUUAUACAUCUGAAGUAUUUGAAAUUGAGACUUUUACAAAGAUGACUCAUUUACAUGCUGGACUCAAUCCAGAGACUAUAGAGAAAGCCCGCCUGGAGCUCAAUGAAAACCCAGAUGUUUUGCACCAGGACAUCCAACAAGUCAGGGAUAUGAUAAUCACGAGGCCUGACAUUGGAUUUUUACGUACAGAUGAUGCCUUCAUCUUGAGGUUUCUCCGAGCCAGAAAGUUUCACCAAACAGAUGCCUUCAGGUUACUGGCUCAGUACUUUCAGUACCGUCAAAUGAACCUGGAUAUGUUCAAAAAUUUCAAGGCUGAUGAUCCAGGGAUCAAACGAGCUCUAAUUGAUGGAUUUCCUGGAGUGCUGGAAAACAGAGAUCACUAUGGUCGGAAGAUACUUUUGCUUUUUGCAGCCAACUGGGAUCAGAGUAGGAAUUCUUUCAUAGACAUUUUACGGGCUAUUCUGUUAUCCUUAGAAGUUCUCAUUGAAGACCAAGAACUUCAGAUAAAUGGCUUCAUUCUGAUUAUAGACUGGAGCAACUUCUCCUUCAAGCAAGCCUCCAAAUUAACACCUUCUAUCCUCAAGCUGGCCAUUGAAGGUUUACAGGACAGCUUUCCAGCUCGCUUUGGAGGCGUCCAUUUUGUGAACCAGCCUUGGUACAUCCAUGCCCUGUACACGCUAAUCAAGCCCUUUCUCAAAGACAAGACAAGGAAAAGGAUCUUCCUUCAUGGCAACAAUCUGAACAGCCUUCACCAGCUAAUACACCCUGACUGCCUGCCUUCAGAGUUUGGAGGGACACUUCCUCCUUAUGACAUGGGUACUUGGGCUCGGACAUUGCUUGGCCCUGACUACAGUGAUGAAAAUGAGUACACUCACACAUCCUACAACGCCAUGCAUGUGAAGCAUGCAUCUUCCAACUUGGAGAGGGAAUGCUCACCAAAAUUUAUGAAGAGGUCUCAGUCAGUGGUGGAGCCUGGGAUGCUGAAACAUGAAGAUCAGAAUGAAAAUGAGAACACCCAGCCACUGCUGGCUUUAGACUGAGUUUGAAUUCACCCUGACAUGCCAACGCAUCACCAGACUCUGUGCAAGAAAUCUAGGAAGCAAGAGACAGGUUUCACACAUAUUAAUACAUAUUCAGCUUGAAAUCAGGUUCUCCAUCUUUGCUGAACAAGUAAUGAUCAUCACCAGCCAUCUGUCUGUGUGGCCAAAGCCAAAAGGGACAUUCCUUAUGGCCCGGAACACUAAGUUAAAGAGUCUGAUUGUAAAACAGAGAAUGUGCUUUUUUUUUCCUUUUAUGAUGUAUAAAUACAAACAAUGACUGAAACAAGAGGGACUACUUUCUAUGUUCACACUCAAAGAUGAAUGAGCUGAGAUUGUCUAAGCAGGGAUGCACUCUGGUUUUGUUAAAAUAAAAUUUAGACAAAGUAACAGAUGUUAAAGUAAAGUUGUCUUGAGUUUAAAUACUUUAGUAACAGGCUUAAUGCUUGCAGACCAGACAGAAUGAACUCACUUUCUGGUAAAAAAAAUUACUAAAUGAUCACCAAUAGAAAACCUGCUCAGCUCUGCAGUAAGUGAUCUCAUCACCCCCAGCCACUUGUAGAGACCAGGGCCAUUUAUUUCAGCCCCCUGAAAAAAAAUAGUCCUAACUUGUGAAAUUCCCUAUAAACCUGUCAGCUCAGUGUAAUGAGCUGAGUGGGAAACAGACAUAGGCAAUUUGAAAAGCAAUUAUUUAAUCUUAACAAUGUGGGUUUCUUUUUUCCACAGGCAGUGGCAGUAUGUGGGGUAGAUGUGGUGGCUGAGAAAAAGGGAAAGGAAAUGUCUGAACUCAAUGGAAAUGCUUAUUAGUGAUUAAUGUUCCACUCCAGGUCCUUUCAUUUAGGUCACUCCUGCAAAUGAAAGCUCAGCAGAGCUGUUUAACCAUCUUCCCUCCUGCAAUCAGUUAAAAGAGUAGCCAGAGGGCCUGGCUGACUGCAGAUAUAGGCUAUGCUUAAUAAUAGAAAGGGGGAAAACUUGGAAUGAAUUAUUCAAUAUGCCUCCAUUAGAAGGGAACUGUGGAAAAACAGAAAAAAAUGUAGAACUGAAAUGCCAAAGAUCAGUUUGCUUUUCUUAUCUUUGCUCUACUUGCAAAAAACCAAGUUCCAUCCCGACAUCAAAAUUAAAAUAGAUUUUAAAAUUCCA